UUAGUACUCCGCAUGCUACCGUCCAUACCCGAUGUGAACCCUGGCCUACAACAACAGAUUAAGCUGUCACCACAAAGAAUCACGCUGAGAAAAAUGGGAAGAGACGGAUUCAUCAUUUGGCAAGACGGCGUUAUGCGAGGCGAGCUUGACUAUUUCCUCCCUGACCAUCAAAUCGAUGCUGACUCGGAUUGGUGGUCUCCGGUCAAAGACACAGCUGCGAAACGCCCAACAUCCUGACCAAGUGCGACUCCGAUCACAUUCACUGUAAAGCAUCUCAUUCUGUGCGCAGCAUGAGACCUCCGAUAAAGACUUAUUUCAUCGACACGCUUGACAACUGUCUUGUCUACAGAGACACCAGUGUCCAGUAUCUGGCUCUCAGUUACGUAUGGGGCAAUACAAUCAUGUUCAAAACAACAUUUUCAAAUUGUACCGCCCUUCAACAGCCCGGAGCAUUCCUUGGUAUCCAACCUCCCUUGAGCCCUGUGGUUCGAGAUGCUAUCGAAGUUUCGCGCCGACUAGAGGAACGAUAUUUAUGGAUUGACGCUCUCGCUCUGUGCAUUCCACAGGACGACGAAAUCCAGAAGGCGCAACUGCUCACAAAGAUGGAUUCAAUCUACCCACAAGCAUUCCUCACCAUCGUCGCCCUAAGCGCGGACAGUGCCGAAUCUCCAUUGCCAGGUGUCAGGCAAGGCACGCGACUGGCGAACAUUGCGUCCGUCCAGAUGUCAAUUACAGAUACUGAGGAAACACUAUCGAACAAAUUUUUAACCGUCAGGCCAUUUUUGACCGAUGUCUUGCGAAAUCGUUCAUACAAUUCAAGAGGUUGGACUUUCCAAGGAAGUUGUCUCUCCAGACGAUGCUUGAUAUUCAUGGACCAUGGAACUUUCUUUCAUUGCUACUCUGGAUUAGAGAGCGAUUCUGGCUUGACCAUGUCGGAUUCCUGGCCUGAACGAAAUACUCUAUCAGCGGUACUCGAAACGCAGGAUACUUCUCUGGAUGUUGGUUAUCAAUACACCCUGUUCACUCAGCUAGUCUUCGAUUUCUCCGAGCGAAAACAAACGUACUCAGAGGACUCACUCAAAGCAGUCAGUGGCAUUUUUGCCAUUUUUUCAAGUCGAUUUGGAUGGCGCUUCCUUGCUGGGAUGCCUUCCCUCCUCAUGGGUCGCGCUCUCUUAUAGAGAUCGGCUUCCCCAAACCGGUUGCGUAAUCCAAAUUUUCCAAGCUGGUCCUGGGCAGGGUGGAUUGGCGGGUCGCACUGGCAUUUCCAAAUUUUUCUAGAUCCUCUUUAGACGGAGUCCGACAUCAGAGACGCUCCGCUAAUUCCUAUGCAGUCUGAAAUCGAAAUCCUGCAGGAGCACAACACGGAAGCAUCAAAUAGCCUGUAUACUCAUGAUAAUACCAGGAUUUCCGCGCUUCACGUUAACACGGAUUCGGUUGGAAUGAGUGCUUUUCAAGUUGUUCCUAGAAAACUAACGCUCUGGCAGCCAGAUCAGAUUCCA